UUUGCGCGAGCCGCGCAUCAGCGGUAGGAGGGGACAGAGCCGCUCCUGGGGCGCACCGGCAGCCCCGGCUCCGCAGGUGCCGCCCGACCGGCACCGGCACCGCACGGCUCGGCCCGCAGCGGAACGGCCCGGCUCGGCUCGGCUCGGCACGGCGCGGGAGGGAGCGGCCGGAGCUGUGGCUGCCGCGGGACGGGCCGGCGCGGCCGCUCUAAGAUGUGCCAUGAGCCGCCCGGCCCCGGCGCCGCGCUCCGCCUGAGCCCCGGGCAGCAGCCGCCCGCGUCCCCGCUGCCCCUGGGGCCGUAGGGCCGCGCCGGCCCGCGCCCUCCCCAACGAUGCCCCAUCUCUGGCCGGCGCUUCGCCGCGUCCUCUGGGAAUACUGGGCAGCGCUCCUGGUCGGCGGCUUCUGGGGACAGAGCUCGCACGGGAUGCCGCAUGUCAUCCGGAUCGGAGGAAUCUUUGAGUACGCGGAUGGCCCCAACACGCAGGUGAUGAGUGCCGAGGAACAAGCCUUCCGAUUCUCCGCCAACAUCAUUAACAGGAACAGAACCUUGCUGCCCAACACAACCCUAACCUAUGACAUCCAGAGGAUACACUUCCACGACAGCUUUGAAGCAACUAAGAAAGCCUGUGACCAGCUGGCUCUGGGGGUCGUUGCAAUAUUCGGACCUUCCCAAGGCUCCUGCACCAACGCUGUCCAGUCCAUCUGCAACGCCCUGGAAGUCCCCCACAUACAGCUCCGAUGGAAGCACCACCCUCUGGAUAACAAGGACACUUUCUAUGUCAACCUGUAUCCUGACUAUGCUUCCCUGAGCCACGCCAUCCUGGACCUGGUGCAGUACCUGAAGUGGAGGUCAGCCACGGUGGUGUACGACGACAGCACAGGCCUCAUACGGCUGCAGGAGCUCAUCAUGGCCCCGUCCCGCUACAACAUCCGCCUGAAGAUCCGCCAGCUCCCGCUGGACACCGACGACGCCCGGCCGCUGCUCAAGGAGAUGAAGAGGGGCAGGGAAUUCCGCAUCAUCUUCGACUGCAGCCACCUGAUGGCAGCUCAGAUCCUCAAGCAGGCCAUGGCAAUGGGGAUGAUGACAGAAUAUUACCACUUCAUCUUCACCACUCUGGAUCUUUAUGCAUUAGACCUAGAACCAUAUCGCUACUCCGGGGUGAACCUGACCGGCUUCAGGAUCCUCAACGUGGAGAACCCGCACGUCUCCUCCAUCAUCGAGAAGUGGUCCAUGGAGAGGCUGCAGUCGGCGCCCAAGGCACAGCUGGGGCUUCUGGAUGGUGUGAUGAUGACAGACGCUGCCCUGUUGUACGACGCGGUGCACGUGGUGUCCGUGUGCUACCAGCGCGCGCCGCAGAUGACCGUGAACUCCCUGCAGUGCCACCGCCACAAGGCCUGGAGGUUCGGCGGCCGCUUCAUGAACUUCAUAAAAGAGGCCCAAUGGGAAGGAUUAACGGGACGAAUCGUCUUCAAUAAAACCAGUGGUUUACGGACAGAUUUUGAUUUGGAUAUCAUCAGUCUCAAAGAAGACGGCCUUGAAAAGGUUGGAGAAUGGAGCCCUUCUGAUGGUUUGAACAUCACAGAAAUCUCCAAAGGACGGGGGCCCAACGUCACGGACUCGCUGAGCAACAGAUCUCUGAUUGUCACCACGGUGCUGGAGGAGCCCUUUGUGAUGUUCCGUAAGUCCGACACCGCCCUGUUUGGCAAUGACCGCUUCGAGGGCUACUGCAUCGACCUCCUGAAGGAGCUGGCCAUCAUCCUGGGCUUCUCCUACGAGAUCCGCCUGGUGGAGGACGGCAAAUACGGGGCACAGGAUGAGAAGGGGCAGUGGAAUGGCAUGAUCAAGGAGCUCAUCGACCACAAAGCCGACCUGGCCGUGGCUCCCCUGACCAUCACUCACGUCCGGGAGAAAGCCAUCGACUUCUCCAAGCCCUUCAUGACCCUGGGGGUCAGCAUCCUCUACAGGAAGCCCAACGGGACCAACCCCAGCGUGUUCUCCUUCCUGAACCCUCUCUCCCCUGACAUCUGGAUGUACAUCCUCCUCGCCUACCUGGGGGUCAGCUGUGUGCUCUUUGUCAUCGCCAGGUUCAGCCCCUACGAGUGGUACGACGCCCACCCCUGCAACCCGGGCUCCGACAUCGUGGAGAACAACUUCACCCUCCUCAACAGCUUCUGGUUCGGGAUGGGGGCGCUGAUGCAGCAAGGCUCGGAGCUGAUGCCCAAAGCCCUGUCUACACGGAUCAUUGGUGGCAUAUGGUGGUUCUUCACCCUAAUUAUCAUCUCGUCCUACACGGCCAACCUUGCGGCCUUCCUGACGGUGGAGAGGAUGGAGUCCCCCAUCGACUCGGCAGAUGACUUGGCAAAGCAGACAAAAAUAGAGUAUGGAGCAGUGAAGGAUGGAGCUACCAUGACCUUCUUCAAGAAAUCCAAAAUUUCCACGUUUGAAAAGAUGUGGGCUUUCAUGAGCAGCAAGCCCACGGCACUGGUCAAAAACAACGAGGAGGGGAUCCAGCGAACGCUGACGGCCGAUUACGCGCUGCUGAUGGAGUCCACCACCAUCGAGUACAUCACCCAGAGGAACUGCAACCUCACCCAGAUCGGGGGGCUCAUCGACACCAAAGGCUACGGCAUUGGGACACCCAUGGGGUCACCAUACAGGGACAAGAUCACCAUCGCCAUCCUGCAGCUCCAGGAGGAGGACAAGCUCCACGUCAUGAAGGAGAAGUGGUGGCGGGGGAAUGGCUGCCCCGAGGAUGAGAACAAGGAGGCCAGUGCCCUGGGCAUCCAGAACAUCGGAGGGAUCUUCAUUGUCCUGGCAGCAGGCCUGGUGCUCUCCGUCUUCGUGGCCAUGGUGGAGUUCAUCUACAAGCUGCGCAAAACGGCGGAGCGCGAGCAGGCCUCAUGGAGCCCAACCACCACGCAGGAGUCUGAUGUUUACACACCGAAAACACGCGGAGGUGAUGCAGAGUGGAGCCAGCCCCGAGCGGGUGAGGAGGAGCCGCGAGCGCGGCUCCAUCAGCACGGCAAUAACCAGGAGCACUCGGUCGAGUGUGAGCACCCGGCCCACACCGACACACACAGCACAUUUUGGAUGCACUGUCCGGGAAAGGGAGAGGCACCCGGCCAGCACUGGGAUGGUGGAGGCUGCGCCUGCCCUCCGAGCAGCUCGUGGUGACGCUCACCUCGCGGCUGUGCUGGCCGCAGCCAUCCGGAGAGGGACAUCCACGUGGUGGCAGAAGGUGACACGCGUCCCUCAGCAGAUCCAGGGCAGCUGACUGGGAAGGGAAGGUGAGACUGAAACGGACCCAAGCUCCAGGGAGGGCACAGCGUGGCACGCACAGGAUCUCCGAGUGACAGCACCCACAGUCCCCGUGCCGAGCUCCAGCCCAAGCCCAGGGUGACACCGUCAUCUCCAGGUCCUCAGCUCUGUCUCUACUCUUCCUGCAAAGUUCUGUCUCUCCUGCAGAGAAGCACAGGAAGCAACCAGAUCCACAGGCUCCAGCAGUGGCAGGAGCAGAGCUGCUCCCAAGAGCCAAAAGCACCAAUUUCCAUGAAAUUCAGCAGUGCUGAGCUGCAGCUCCACACGGGGAGGGGACUGUGGGCCUGGUUUAGGACUAAGUGCUCUCAUGGCAUCAAGGACCUGAAAGAUGAAUCUCAGCCAGGGUUGACCUGGAAGGAGCAGAGCCAAGCCUGGGAUCCCUCCUGCUCUGACCAUGAACUGCCACCCCUCAGGCAGCCUCUCCAUGGGAUUUAAGCAAACACACACUAAAAUGUUUUUAAGGAAUCUUCCAUGAAUUGUCUUCUUAUUUUCAGGUUGCUUAACCCAGAAGGUUGGUCCUGCAGAUGAAUUUAGGCAGAAUUACCAAAGACCCCUCUGCUGACCUAAGGUAACACUCGAGUAACGUCCCUCAGCUCCGUCCCUGCCAGGGGAUGUCCCACGGGCAGCCAGUGGGACACUGUGGAUUCAUUCACAAAAUUAAACAAAUGGAAAUCCCUCUGCCCACUCUAACCCGGAAAGCCACACGUGUGAUGCAAAGGUGCUUAAAAGCUCUGAUUUAAACAGCAGUGGUGGAGAAAACAGCAACGCCCUUCCCCUGCAGGGCUACGAGGGACAGCGACCUGCAGCAGGGAUGUGGAGGGCAGGUGGGGCAGGGAUGGAGCAGCCAGGACCUGAGCUCUGCACCCAGAGCUUUGCUCUGUGCCAUGGGUGCAGAGGGUGCUGAGGCCACUGCAGGAACUGAGCCCCUUUGCCCUCCUGAGCUGCAGGGCCAUUCUGGAAAGUUUAUCCUCGCCCAAAGGAACAAACCUCUCUGUAGCUGAUUUCAGAUUUUUCCCCACCUGUUCCUCUCCAUGCUCAGUGGGGAAGGUUGUCUCAAGCUGAGCAGAAUUAGCAGAUUAGCUCAAGGGGGAAGAGCUGCUCCCCCACCCCAUCACGGAACACAGUUUGUCUUUAUUUUCCUUUUUCCACGAUGUAAAGAAACAACAGAGGGGCCCCAAACAAACCCAGGUGAUUUGUCAUACUUUGACUCAAGUAAAGAUAUGCAAGGAUUUUACAUUCAUUUUCACCUUUUCACAAAAAACGUGAAAAAUUAGGGAUGAAAGGUAUCAAUGCAAUGGCCAUCAGAUUCUUAAUAGUUUGCUGCCCAAAUACCUUGAGCAGAAGACAAGACUGAAGUGUGGGGCAGCUUCCCAAAGCUAAUGACAUGCUUUCUUUAUUCCUUUGCAAAUCCCUAGGCUUGUCAGAGUAGUAGAAUUCAUGUUUUCCUUGUGGAUUUCUAAGCUCUAAAAAAAAAAGCAGAGAUGAAAACAAAGCCUGAAACCGGCUUUAAAUGUCCAGAGAGUAAAAUACCACGGAAAUCAGCAUUCGUUUUGCUUCUUGGCAGGUUUUUUAAAAAAUAAAUAAAUAUUGCUGAUACCACAAACCCCAUUUAUUUAUUGACACCAGCCUGAUCUGAUUUUACUCACAAACAUGACAGGUGAGCAUCUGGAAUUUCUGGUGUACUGCCAGGCAGAUCAAACCCUGCAGAUGAACUUUUUCCUCCCAUCCCUACUCCCCUAAACCAGCCACGAGCUGCAGCCAAAUUCCUGCAUCUACAUCGUGGCUUUGUGUUGGAGUUUUGCUCAUUGGAACGCCUGACAUCCAACAAGGGAACAUCCAAACAAGGCAGAGGAGCUGCUGGGACCCCAGCCCGGCGCAGACCCUUCCCCCUGGCCCCCGCUCACUGUGACCUGAGGGGACAAUGCCAGCCCUCAGCCUUCCUGUGGGGCCCGGGGGCAGCUCAGCCAGGAGAGCUCUGGAGCCUCCCCGGGUGCUCCUGGAGCACAAAGCCAUGCCAGAGGAGGAGCAGCCAGGCCAAAGCCCCACAGCCACGUGUUGGGAGACUCGGGAAGGGACAGACCCCAUGGCAAAGCCUCAAAGCCUUCGGUGAGCUCCGUGCCCUGGUUGGGACUAGCAGCAACUCACAUCUGACUUCCAACGCUGUUUAACUCGGUUCCUUUCUUCACUUGGGCAGAGGGACUGGAAAACUGAGGAGGAAAUACAGGAAAAGCGGGUUUGGGUUAUUAAACUGUAUCUAAACUGUUGUCACCUCGGCUCACCGCCCCUUUGUCACUUGCUUUUUCCCAACUCUCUCAUGAGACAGAGCAGGGACAGCCAGCAACUUCUCUUGAUGCCUUGGGAAGGCUGACCUGGAACAGAGACUGGACAGAGCUAGAGAAUAAAGUAGGUAUUUAUUAAAAGGCCUUUAAGGAUACACCUUGGGCAGUAAAAAGAGCCUGGCCAGGGCUACACCCAAAGUGGACCCAAAAUGAUCACAAAAGGGACGACUGCUCACAAGGUCUCACAUUUUUAUAAGUUUUGGUCCAUUUGCAUAUUGGGGUUUAAUUGUCCAAUUAAAGCUUCAGAUGAUGAAGUCUCAUCCAUCUUGUUUUCCCUCUUCAGUCCACCGUUGUUUGUGCUUUUGGGCCUGAAAACUUGUACCCGUUGUCCUUGGUCUCCAGUAGAAAAAGGAUUUGUUUUGUGUCCCUGCUCUGUGCAGAGCUGAGUGACCCUGACUGUGAGCUCAGAGCUGCACCCCUGGGCAGCACAGAACCUGAAAUACACGGAAUUAAAACUUAAGGCAUCACCCUGGGGUGGAUUUUCUAUUUGGAGUCAACCAACAGCACGUGUCAGGUCCGAUGUCGAGGGGACAGACACAGAGAGAGAUGGAAUAUGCAAAGAGGAAGCAGCUCCUGGGCACCCCCUGCUCCACCUCAGUGCUGGGAGCAGGACUGGGUGCCAGCACAGAGGUUUCUGGACAGGUGACAGCAAAGGGACAUCGUGGAUCCUGGUGGCUUCACACAGUGCUCACCCCAGCACCCAGUGACCGUGGGCUACAGCAGUCCCCAGAGUGCUCAGAGCUGGCAGGGCAGGGGCACUCCCAGGCAUUGGCAUCAUGAGCCCUCUGCUCUGUACCUUACUUUGACAUGUUUCUCAAAAAAAGAAAAGAAAAAAAAAAAAAAAAACCAACAAAAAG